AUGGUGAAGUCGAUAAGUCCUCAAAGCAGCUCUACAGUCUUGGUGAACUCCGCUGACGUAAUACCUAACUUAAUUAUUUGUGUAUUUCACGUGGAGUUUCGUAAUUAUCAAGAGUAUUUAUUUGUAGCAGAAUGGGGAUUCGGGUUUAUCACAUUCGGCGACCCCGCUAGUGUAGACAAAGUUUUAGCACAAGGAACGCAUGAAUUAGAUGGAAAGAAGGUGAGUGAAUUUUAA